AUGACGAGGCAAAUCGUGCUGCGGCCGGUGGCGUCGACGGCGGCGGACCGGCGUCAGCUGCUGCAGGGGACGGAGUGCUCGUCACGGAGGGCGGCGGAGGUGGCCGGGGGGACGGUGGCGGAGUGCGCGGCGGUGUGCUGCUGCUGCCCGUGCGGGCUGGCGAACCUGCUGGUGCUGGUGGUGUACAAGGUGCCGGCUGGGCUGUGCCGGAAGGCGCUGAGGAGGAAGCGGCGGCGGAAGCUGAUGAAGGAGGGGCUGCUGCCGGCGGGGCGGAUCAAGUGCGGGUGCGAAGAGAAGGAGGUGCACGUGCACCCUGUGAUGAGCCCGCUGGCGGCGUCGGAUGAGGGUAAGGAGAUGGCGGAGUUAGAGAAGGAGAUGUGGGACCAGUUUUACAGCGCCGGUUUCUGGAGGAGCCCUUCGCAGAGGAGCGAGUGUUGUGGUACAGUUGAUAAAGGGUUUAGAAAGACUGCUCGAUGGCUGACGAGGUGGCUGCAAAACUACAACGGGAGCAAGUUUACUAAAACCCAAAGUCAAACACCAGAGAGAGGGGAGAGCAAGUUGGAAGGUAAAUCUGUGGGAUCUUCUAGCAAAUUAGAUGGGGGAGGGGGACAAAGGGCUGUAGCUUUGUCCACUACUAAUAAUGUAGAGGGGCAAAAGACUGUUGAGCAAUCUGUGAUAGUAGGUAGCUCUAAUGUCUCUGAAACUUUGCCACCCAAGUCAACACCUCAUAUUACACUUAGUAAUCUUGUGGAAGUUGAUGUGCAAACUGAUCCAACGAGUACAGGUGGGAAAAAGAGUCAAAGGGGAUUUGUGAGGAAACCUAGAGGUUCUAAAGCCCCUGGGGAAGUGAGUAUGUAG